AUGAAACGUCCAGGCUUCCGGCGUCUUCAUCUGUCUUUACUUACUGGUAGUAGUGGCUACUGGACAGGAUUCCAAAGCGGAUUAUUCCGUCAAGCUGUGAGCCUGGCCAAGGAAUUGACCCAUGUCCAUUUAUCAACUACAUUCAAUGAUGGAUCUCAUUCAAUGAGGGAUCCACCUAUUCCCCUGAAGGAGGUUCUGCCUAUUCAGGAGUGGCCGAAUCUGUCUCAUCUGGCGCUCUCUCGUUUCAGCAUUGAUACGUCAGAGUUGAUGGACAUACUCAAAUUGGCACCAUCCUCAUUACGAUCUCUUGACUUGGAAUUUAUCGAGUUCCCCUUUGAUGAACUGUGUUUGACUGGUCUACUAGAGAGGAUACGAGAGGAACUGGAUUGGACUAAGCGAGAUCAACCACUGAAACCGACUGUCACAAUCACAAUGAAAGGCCAUCGCAUAUGGCCGGGGAGGUUCAUCAAGCUUUCAGACGAGGUGGCAAGCUUUCUCUAUGGCUCUGGAGAAAAUCCCCUGAAUGGACCAGAUACACGCAGCCCCAAAGACGGAUACGGGACGAAUCAUGACCUUUUUGAGGCGGAGUACACUCGGCCCAACGUCAAUUUCCUGGAUCUUAAGAAACUGGGAAUCAUUUGUUAG